ACACAGGGCCGACACACACACAUGCUGUAGAUAGUACAACUCGGGCACAGGACUGAGCCUACAGAGCACCUUGUUCCACAUCAAGGAAUAAAUUCCACUUUCUUACGCAGAAAUACUGCCCUUUGAGAAGAUGCACAGGGAGCUGAACCAGAUGGAAUUGUAUCGCUUACAAGUGUAACUAGGAGAUUUCAACAAAAAGGGGCAACAGCAACUUCCCCUUUUCUCCAAUUUCCUUCCAGCGUGCGAGAUCUUGCUUUCUUUCAACACUUGCUGUAAGGCCACUUCUCAUGCCGUCCGCCAUAAAUGCAGCGGUGGCUCAGCAGACAGCUGCCGGGUCAGUUCCCAGCACUACCAGCACUACCACUGAAGGUACAGGGGGAGGCACAGGAGGGAUUUAUUCUGCCAUUAUAAGUCGCAACCAGCCCAUUAUCAAAGUAAAGGAAAAGACCUAUGAAGAGCUUCACAAGAAGUGCCUGGAGGAGAACAUUCUCUAUGAGGAUCCUGAUUUUCCACCUAAUGAGACUUCCCUCUUCUACAGCCAGAAAGUCCCCAUCAAGUUUGAAUGGAAAAGACCACGUGAAAUCUGUGAGAAUCCACGAUUUAUUAUCGGCGGAGCCAACAGAACAGAUAUCUGCCAAGGAGAAUUAGGUGAUUGCUGGUUCCUGGCUGCCAUUGCUUGCCUGACACUGAAUAAAAAACUGCUCUGCAGAGUCAUACCUCAUGACCAGUCCUUCAUACAGAACUAUGCUGGCAUCUUUCACUUCCAGUUUUGGCGCUACGGAGACUGGGUGGAUGUCAUCAUUGAUGACUGCCUACCCACAUACAACAACCAGCUGGUCUUCACCAAAUCCUCCCAGCGCAAUGAGUUCUGGAGUGCUCUCCUGGAAAAGGCCUAUGCAAAACUCCAUGGAUCCUAUGAAGCUUUGAAAGGAGGCAACACCACAGAGGCCAUGGAGGAUUUCACUGGAGGGGUGACAGAGUUCUAUGAGAUAAAGGAUGCUCCUAAAGAUAUCUAUAAAAUCAUGAAACAUGCCAUUGCCAGAGGAUCCCUCAUGGCCAGCUCCAUUGAUGACAACCUAGGCUUCUCCUACGGAGCAGCUCCUCGAAGUGACAUUGGAGAACUGAUUGCUCGAAUGGUGAAGAACCUAGAAAAUGCACAGAUGACUUACUCCACUGUGGACUACCAGGGGACGGAUGAAAGGCCAGCCUGGACCAUAAUGCCAAUGCAGUAUGAAACCCGGAUGUCUUGUGGGCUGGUCAAAGGUCACGCAUACUCUGUCACAGCUGUGGAAGAGACAACAUAUAAAGGGGAAAAGAUGCGUCUGGUAAGGCUGAGAAACCCGUGGGGACAGGUGGAAUGGAAUGGACCUUGGAGUGAUAAAUCAGAAGAGUGGAACUUCAUUGAUGAAGAAGAGAAAACCCGCCUGCAACACAAGAUUGCAGAAGAUGGGGAAUUCUGGAUAUCAUUUGAAGAUUUCAUGAGGCAUUUCACAAAACUUGAGAUCUGUAACCUCACACCUGAUACUCUGGAAGCUGAUAAGCUUCAGACCUGGACUGUGUCAGUCAACGAAGGACGCUGGGUGAGAGGCUGCUCAGCUGGAGGGUGCCGCAAUUAUCCAGAUACAUUUUGGACCAAUCCCCAGUAUCGCCUGAAGCUCCUAGAGGAAGAUGAUGAUCCUGAAGAUGAAGAGGUUAUCUGCAGCUUCCUGGUAGCACUGAUGCAGAAAAACAGGAGGAAAGAACGCAAGCUGGGAGCCAACCUCUACACCAUUGGCUUUGCCAUCUAUGAGGUACCCAAAGAGAUGCACGGUACUAAGCACCACUUGCAAAAGGAUUUUUUCCUCUACAAUGCUUCCAAAGCUAGAAGUAAGACCUAUAUAAACAUGCGAGAAAUCUCUGAGCGCUUCCGGCUGCCUCCCAGCGAGUACGUUAUCAUCCCAUCCACAUACGAACCCCACCAGGAGGGAGAAUUCAUCCUGAGGGUUUUCUCAGAGAAAAGAAGUCUUUCAGAGGAGGUUGAAAACAUGAUUGAGGCAGAUCGCCCAUCGAAGAAGAAAAAAGGCAAGCCUAUCAUCUUUGUUUCUGACAGAGCAAACAGCAACAAGGAGCUGACAACAGACGAAGAUGCUGGCAAAGAUGGUGAAAAAACCCACGUAGAUGAAAAAAAGCGUUCUUCAGCAAAAGCUCGUGAGAAGAGUGAAGAGGAAACUCAGUUCAGGAAUAUUUUCCGACAGAUUGCAGGGGAUGACAUGGAGAUCAAUGCCGAAGAACUCAGGAAUGUUCUCAACAACGUUGUUAAAAAACAUAAGGACCUAAAGACAGAAGGAUUUGAACUAGAAUCCUGCCGCAGCAUGAUCGCUUUGAUGGAUACAGACGGCUCAGGGAAGAUCAACUUUGAUGAGUUCCGACACCUCUGGGACAAGAUCAAAAGCUGGCAGAAAAUCUUCAAGCAUUACGAUGCAGACCAUUCAGGAACCAUUAACAGCUAUGAGAUGCGCAAUGCAGUCAAAGAUGCAGGGUUUCGGCUGAACAACCAGCUCUACGACAUCAUCACGAUGCGCUAUGCUGACAAGAACAUGAACAUCGACUUUGACAGCUUCAUCUGCUGCUUCGUGAGACUGGAUGCUAUGUUCAGGGCAUUCCAUGCCUUUGAUAAAGAUGGAGAUGGAAUCAUAAAGCUCAACGUCCUGGAGUGGCUGCAGCUCACCAUGUACGCCUAACCCCAGAGCCUUCAUCAAGGACCUGCUCCAGAUUGCUGUUUUAAGUAAUGAACUCAAUCCAUCUCCAAUUACAAAUGAGCAUUCUACAAGAUACAUGCUUCGCUCGCCGAGAUAAAAUGUGCUUGAAAGAUAGAGACAGCCCUGCUUCAGCAAGCAAACCAGUGCUCAUUCCCUGUACCUACUUCCAUAGUGUCUUCAGGACAUUUACUUUCAACAGUGAAGAUUAAUUUAUUGAUGACUGCAUUUAGGUUUUUCUGCAUGUUAAAGACACAGAGCACACAUCGUUUCUCUGUUUAUACUGACACUUGGAAGCGCCAUCCCUAAAAUCAGCGUGGGUCAGGCAAAACUGGGUCUGGAUCUGAACUGUGGAAGUCAGAGGUGUCUCCUACCACCUUGUAAUUAGUCAUUAACUCCGUUCUGAUGUUGCUACUAUCAUUUCAGCCUUUUCGUACUGUUGACUAUUUCAUUGAGAUUGUGCUAAUUACAUUAAUAUUAUGAGUCAUGACCAUGUCAUUACAGCUGUAGCUUUGGUUCCCUGCUGUGCUGGAAAAGUGGGCACCAGACACAGCAGACUGCAGUGUCUGGGUAUGCCUUGGCCUGGUGCCUCAGCAGAAGCAGCAGAACUAAGCUACUUGCUCUCCUUUUUAGUAUCUCCAAUGCUACCAUACUUAGACAUAGGAUGGUUUUAGAGUGUUGGUUUUUUGUUGUCUGUUUGCUUGUUUUAUUUUUUUUAAUUGUAACUGCAUUCUCUGUAACAUUGAGAAAGUGGUUUUCCACUUUCAAGGAAGCUGGUCAAGAAAGAAAAUACAUAUAAAGUAUAAAUUAACUAUACGUGUACAAUUAUAUUAACUACACAUGCACACUUA